AUGACCGUUGAGAUGCGUGUGCCAAUCCUAUUCUUACAGGUGAAAGAAGGUGGAUAUGAUACCACGGUCAAUGAAACGGUCAAUGUUGUCACGGCAAACACAAGUGAGAUUGGACAAAAGAGUUGGGGUAUCAUGAAAGGAGUCUUGGCCAUGGCUUCACAGAAGGUAGAGGAAUAUACCAAGGAAAGUCCAGCCUGGAAGAACGAUAGCUGGCAACGAGGUGAAAGCGAAAAGAAUGGCUAUUAUCAGGACUUUAAUCAGGAUUCUAAAGGAUGGAAUGCUUCUGGAGGAGCCCAAUCCUCUGGAAGGAACACUAAUUUUGUCAGCUCUGGGUCGUGGGAUGAUUGGGACAACGAAGACAAGAGCAAAGUAAAUCCUACAAAGGGGGCAGCAGCAUCCAACAACAAGAACGAUGACUGGGCUGGAUGGGAUGAUGGAUUUGAUAAUCACUACCAGAGUGCAUCCAACAAUAAACAUGCUGCUGUUCAUGCUGGAAAUAUAGAUUCCAAAUGGACCGAUGGAGGUUUCCUCUGA